UUAAAACCGCUCUCUCUGUUCGCUUCGGAGUUUCUCUCUCCCGAGUCCCGUGUAUAUGAGCUUCCCGGCGUUUUCAGGGGUCGUGAUCAACUGAAUUCUUUCUCGUUUCUGUAGAUUCCCGCGAACUCCACAGCUUCGUCUUUCAAAUGCCCAGAAGUCGACAGCUGCAAUUGAUGUACCAGAGAAAUUGAGAAGAAGGUAAGUUUCCACCGGAGCUCUGCCGCUCAAGCUCUCUUUCCGUCGGUUCAUGGUGAUUUCGGGAAUUUCAGAAGAAGAAAGACUGUAAAUUUAUGGAGAUGGGUCCUGAGAAAUCAAAGCCUUUGCACAAUUUCUCGAUGCCUCGCUUGAAGUGGGGGAAUCAGAAACUUCUCAGAUGCAUGAAGGUUGAUUCAAAAGGAGAAAUUUCUUCUGUCGAGCGCAGGUUUUCGGCUGCUGCAGGUCAAUCGGGAGCUUCGAUCAUCCGAGGUAGAGAAUCCCGGUCAUUGAAGCGGAGGUUCUCGAAUGGUUUCGAGAACUCCAGGAAAUCGCCGUUGCCGCCGCCUAUUGGAAAUUCUGUUGAGAAAUCCAAGAUUGACAAGGAUGGAGACGACGGGAUUGAAGCAAUUAGGGAAAAACUCGAGCUUCACCUCCGAACGGCUGCUGAUAAGCUAAACGUUACGAUUCCGGAGGUACGAGAAGAAAAUGAAGCAUCGGCAGCGGCGAGGCCCUGGAAUCUCAGAACAAGAAGAGCGGCUUGUAAGGCUCCGACUGAGACUACUGCCGGAAGAGGAGGGGGAGGUUCCUCGAUAAAUGAAGAGCGUCAGCAGAACUCAUCUCCUUUUCGAAAUGGUAAUUCGACGAUGAAAUCGAAUCGGCUGCAAGGUGUAACUACAGUCCAGGUCGUGGAGAAGGACAAGAAAGAGCGUCCGAAGUUCUCGAUCUCUCUUUCUCGAUAUGAGGUAGAGGAGGAUUUUCUGGCAAUGACGGGAACGAGGCCACCUCGGAGGCCAAAGAAGAGGCCUAGGAUUAUACAGAAACAACAGGAUGCAAUUUUCCCUGGUUUGUGGUUGACGGAAAUCACACCAGAUACAUACAAAGUUCCUGAUCUUCCUGAACCUGGAAAAAGAUCAAGGUGAACCCACUAACGGUAUUUGGAAAUUUCAAGUUUUCUGCUUGCUGACCAUGGGCACACAGUAAUCUCAAAUGGUGGUAUAUGAAACCAUCCAUCUGUAAAUUGGGAAUUUGAUAAGAAUGUUGAAUUUCCUGUUCUCUUAACAUGAUGUGCAAGUUCAUUUAAGUUCAGUCCCAUUUAUUGUCUCCAUUUUGAUUCCUUUCUCUGCUAAAAGUGACAUAAACAGAAUAGAUUCUUCGAGCUUGAUUUAGUGAAUACCAAGUAACAUCUGUUCUGGGUAAUGAGGAAUUCUAUCAGUUGCAUGCCAUGACCAUGAAGAUAGUUGCUUGUCUAUUCAGUUAAGAGCUUAACAUCAGAUUGUGAAGUUCAUAUUUUAGCUGGCUUUUCAGCUGAUUGACUCCACUAUAAAUGGGUGAUGCAAGAAUUGACCAUGAUGCAAUUACUAUAUGUAUUCCUUUCCAUAUUUAUGAUGGAUGAGUUAUUCUAUUGUGGAGCAAAAUUCAGAUAUUCAGGUAGGCAUAGGUUUAAUGGUGAUUACUAUCUCGUGUCAUGGAACUUGGUGAAAAUAAUGUGAACAAUGAGAGACAGAUAAACCCAGGCAAAAUUUCUAUGUUACUGGUAGGACCAACCGUUGAAACUCUGCUACAUUCUCCCAAACACCAGAGCAAUUUAUCCACAAUAAUUUUGUUGUUGUACUUGAUAAUUGAUCCCAAAGCUAUUGGGUUUCCUUCUGUUGAGAUUUUAAAAUUUGUUUGAGGGAGAACAUUUUCAUUUA